GACAGAUUGCUUGCUCCAGUCCUCCAUGCAGCAUCACUAUAAAGAAACCCCCCUCACGUGCCAGAUCUACUAUUCCUAAACCGAAAAUUUUCUUUGAAUUUCGUGCGUUGUUUCUUCUGUAAUACUGUGGGAACCCAUUGUGGGAGGCAAUUUGUAAGCGGUGUGGGGGAGCGCUGCCAUUAUAUCUACAGUACAGUACCGCUGGCUUCGGUGAAACGUCGCGCGGAUGGAGGGAUAUACUACGGCCGAAUGAAUAAAGGAUUUUACGAGAAGUGCUUUAACAUCGCGUGCGCGUUUUUCGCGCGUCUUUGCGUCGGGGUUCCCUCAGCGGUCGUCUCGCAGAGGCGGCCAGCCUUCAAACAAUAGCGCCCGGUGGAGCGCUGGUUACAGUAUCGCCGCGCGCAGGACCUCGCGCAUCAUUGUCAUUAUUCUACAACCACGAGCGCUCGCAAAUGGAGACGGCCACGCGCUCCGGUGAUCUUCACACAUAGAUUACUCAGAUCCGCCGUUUUAUUAGCACCAUCAGUGGGAACACACACAUAUUCUGCAAUGAUGGCAAUGAUGAAUUCUGCCGAGGGGGCUGAGGAUGGACCGAACGAUCCGGACACGGACCCGUUUUUCAAAACAGUUCCCUCUUUCUCAUCAGGGUCUCUUAGGAAUGACGGAAUAAAGGCUUCUGAUGUCUUGACAGUUUUAAGAGAAAAGGUUGCCUUUGUCUCAGGAGGAAGAGAUAAGAGAGGGGGACCGAUCCUCACCUUCCCUGCACGAAGUAACCAUGACAGAAUAAAGCAGGAGGACUUGCGAAAACUGGUGACUUAUCUAUCCACUGUACCCAGUGAGGACGUUAGCAAGCGAGGGUUUACGGUGAUCAUUGAUAUGCGCGGCUCUAAGUGGGAUCUAAUCAAACCGUUACUGAAGACCCUCCAGGAAUCCUUUCCUGCCGAGAUCUGCGUCGCUCUCAUCAUCAAACCAGACAACUUCUGGCAGAAACAGAAGACUAACUUCGGCAGUGCCAAGUUCACUUUCGAGACCAGUAUGGUAUCUGUGGAGGGCCUUACUAAGUUGGUGGACCCAUCCCAGCUGACGUCAGACCUGGAGGGAACGCUGGAGUAUAACCACGUGGAAUGGACCGAGCUCCGCGUUUCGCUCGAGGAGUUCACUGGAGGUGCUCUGCACCUCCUUUCUCGGCUGGAGGAGCUGCAGGAGACGCUUUCCCGCCAGGAGGUGGCCGCUAACGCAGAGGAAGCGCGAAAGCUCCUGGAGGAACAUGCUCGGCUGAGGAAGACCAUGACAAAGGCGCCGGUGGAUGAGUUGGAUCAGGAGGGCCAGCGGCUCCUGCAGAAGAUCAGGGACGGGGGAGACGGAAGGCUAUCGGGUGGGGCGGAUUUCCAGAGUUUGGUGCCGAAGAUUGCCGCCCUGCUGGAUAAGCUGCAAGUUACGAGGCAGCAUUUGCUACAGGGAUGGCACAGCCGCAAACAACAGCUGGACCAGUGCUUUCAGUUACGGCUGUACGAGCAGGAUGCGGAAAAGAUGUUUGAAUGGAUAGGACACAAUAAAGAGCUGUUCUUGCAGACUCACACAGACAUCGGCAUGAGCUACCAGUAUGCGGCAGAUCUGCAGACGCAGCAUGACCACUUCGCCAUGAACUCCAUGAAUGCGUAUGUGAACAUCUCGCGCAUCGUCUCCGUGGCAACGCGUCUCUGCGAGGCGGGUCAUUACGCCGCGGCUGAGAUACAACAGAUCUCCGGUCAGUUAGAUCAAGACUGGAAGAGCUUUGCUUCUGCGCUAGAGGAGCGCAGCGCCAUCCUGGCCAUGUCCUCUGUGUUUCACCAGACAUCCGAGCAGUUUCUGUCCAAUAUGGAGGGCUGGGUGAAGUCAUGCGGGGAGACUGGGUUGCCGACGGCGACGCAAGAGCUUGAGAUGGCCAUCCAUAACCAUCAGAAUCUGUAUGAGCAGGUCACCACAGCAUACACGGAGGUCAGUCAGAAAGGCAAGACCCUGCUGGAUGUGUUGCAGAGGCCUCAGCCUCCAGCUGAUUCUGGGUCUCUGACUGCUGGGGCGGAUUAUAGUCAGGCAGUGAGAGGGGUUUUGGAGGUAAUCCAUGAGGUGGUUCAUCAGUAUCGCAGACUAGAGGGUCUUCUGCAACACCGCAAGCUCCGAUUGCACCAGAGACUUCAGCUGUGUGUGUUUCAGCAAGAUGUGCAGCAGGUGUUGGACUGGAUUGAAAACCAUGGAGAGGCAUUCCUCAGUAAACACACAGGGGUUGGGAAGUCAGUGCACAGAGCGCGAGCGCUACAGAAACGACAUGAUGACUUCCAGGAGGUGGCACAGAACACUUACACUAAUGCAGAUAAGCUGUUGGAGGCAGCGGAGCAGUUGGCUCAGACGGGUGAGUGUGAUCCAGAAGAGAUCUACGCUGCUGCCCAUCACCUGGAGGUCAGAGUUCAGGAGUUUGUGAGGAGGGUAGAGCAGAGGAAACUGCUGCUGGAUAUCUCAGUGUCUUUUCACACCCACACCAAAGAGCUGUGGACGUGGAUGGAGGAUCUGCAGAAGUCUAUGGUGGAGCCGGUGUUAAACUCUGACUCUGUGGAUGCGGUUCAGGAGCUCAUCAGACAGUUUCAGCAGCAGCAGAGCAGCACCUUGGACGCUACGCUUAAUGUCAUUAAAGAGGGGGAGGAGCUUAUUCAGCACCUGCGAGACUCAGCAUUGGCCUGUAAUAAACUUCCUCACGCCAGCUCAGUUGCUCAUAUCGAGGGUGUCCUGCAGCAGCUGGAUGAAGCUCAAGCUCACAUGGAAGAGCUUUACCACGAGCGCAGGAUCAAACUGGACAUUUUCCUACAGCUACGCAUCUUUGAACAAUACGCAUUGGAGGUUAUGGGUGAACUUGACGCAUGGAAGCAGGAUCUGAUGCGACAGGCGUCUGACUUCAACACGGAGGAACUCACGCUGGCUGAACAGAGACUCCACAGACACACCGAACGCAAGCUCGCCAUGAACAACAUGACUUAUGAGGUCAUACAGCAGGGACAGGACCUCCAUCAGUACAUUAUGGAGGUCCAGGCUUCAGGUAUGGAGCUCACAGGAGAGAAGGAUGUGGAUUUGGCUUCCAGAGUUCAGGAGCUUCUGGAGUUCUUGAAUGAAAAACAACAUGAGCUGGAAAUGAGCGCCGAACACGCACACAAACGUCUGGAGCAGUGCCUGCAGCUGCGACACCUGCAGGCGGAGGUCAAACAGGUGUUGGGUUGGAUUCGUAACGGCGAGUCGAUGCUCACGGCGAGCACAACCAACGCUGGUUCCCUGUCUGAGGCGGAACAACUUCAGAGAGAGCACGAACAAUUUCAGCUCGCAAUCGAGUCUCUCCUCCAUGCCGACUCCCUUCAGCGUACCCAUCAGAGCGCCCUGCAGCUCCAGCAGAGGGCGGAGCUGCUGUUGCAGGCCGGCCACUAUGACCCGGAUGCCGUACGAGCCUGCGCUGAAACCGUGGCCCUUCAUUGGCAAACCCUCAUGCUGAAGAUGGAGGACCGAUUAAAGCUGGUUAACGCCUCUGUGGCCUUCUACAAAACAUCCGAGCAGGUGUGUAAUGUAUUAGAGAGUCUGGAGCUGGAGUACAGGAGAGAAGAGGACUGGUGUGGAGGUCACGAUAAACUGGGCUCAACUGCAGAGACGGACCAUGUGACCCCGCUCAUCGGCAAACACCUGGAGCAAAAAGAGGCUUUCCUUAAGGCAUGUACGUUAGCACGUCGUAAUGCCGAGGUCUUUCUCAAAUACAUCCAUCGAAAUAACGUGAGCAUGCCUGGGGUCGCCACCCACAAUCGUGCCACUGAGUCCCAGGUCAAAGCCAUACUGAGUGAGCUGCUACAGAGAGAAAAUCGUGUGCUGCAUUUCUGGACUCUUAAAAAGAGACGUUUAGACCAGUGCCAACAGUAUGUUCUGUUUGAACGACACGCCAAACAGGCCAUAGACUGGCUACAGGACACAGGGGAAUAUUUUCUAUCCACACACACAACGCCUGGUGAUACCAGCGAAAAAACUCAGGAUCUACUGAAAGAGUAUGAAGAUUUCCGUGUUUCUGCUAAGCAAACGCAGGAGAAAGUGAAGCUCUUGAUCCAGCUGGCUGGUAGUCUGGUGGAAAAGGGGCAUGUCCACGUGACAGAGCUCAAGAGAUGGGUGUCCACGGUGGACAGGCGGUACCGAGACUUUUCCAUGCGGAUGGGUCAAUACCGCUGUAACUUGGACCGCGCGCUGGGGCUGUGUUCUGAGGACCAUAAAGACCUAGAGCUGGACAUUAUCCCGGCCAGCCUGACCCACACUGACCCAGAGGUCAAUCUUAGUGACCCUGAUCAUGAAGAGGAAAAUGAGGAAAAGAAGAAAUCUGCCAGAAAAAAGGAGUAUAUCAUGGCUGAGCUGCUUCAGACGGAGAAGGCUUACGUGCGAGAUCUACAGGAGUGUUUGGAGACAUUUCUAUGGGAAAUGACGAGUGGGGCGGAGAUCCCACCUGGAAUCGCCAACAAAGAGCAUGUGAUCUUUGGAAACAUUCAGGAGAUUUACGAGUUCCAUAACAACGUUUUUCUGAAAGAGCUGGAGAACUACGAGCAGCUUCCAGAAGACGUGGGUCAUUGUUUCGUCACCUGGGCUGAUAAAUUCCACAUGUACGUCACCUACUGCAAAAACAAACCCGACUCCAGUCAGCUGAUUCAGGGUCAGGCCGGGAGGUUCUUUGAUGAAAUCCAGCGGAGACAUGGACUGGCCAAUUCAAUCUCAUCGUACCUGAUUAAACCCGUCCAGAGAAUCACCAAAUACCAGCUUCUGUUAAAGGAGUUGCUAACAUGCUGUGAGGAAGGAAAGGGAGAAAUAAAGGAGGGUUUGGAGGUGAUGCUCAGCGUGCCCAAGCGCGCUAAUGACGCCAUGCAUGUCAGCAUGCUGGAGGGUUUUGAUGAGAACCUUGCAGUACAGGGUGAGCUCAUCCUUCAGGACACCUUCCAGGUAUGGGAUCCCAAAUCCCUGAUCCGAAAGGGCCGCGAUCGACACCUCUUCCUCUUCGAGAUCUCGCUCGUCUUCAGUAAAGAGAUGAAAGACUCGUCUGGACGCACUAAAUAUGUUUACAAGAACAAGCUGCUGACAUCAGAAUUGGGCGUCACCGAACACAUUGAAGGGGAUCCGUGUAAAUUCGCUCUGUGGGCUGGACGUACACCAACAUCUGACAACAAAACAGUGCUAAAGGCCUCCAGUAUAGAAGUGAAACAGGAGUGGAUUCGUAACAUCAGGGAGGUGAUUCAGGAAAGAACCGUUCACCUGAAGGGGGCGCUAAAGGAGCCAAUACAUCCUCCCAAAACACCAGCCAGACAGCGCAGCAUCAGCAAGAGGUGGGAAACCACUGAGGAUGCAGACAGUCAGGGUGAUGCCAGCAGCCAGCCGGACACGAUCUCCAUCGCUUCCCGCACCUCCCAGAAUACUGUGGACAGUGAUAAGUUGUCGGGUGGUUGUGAGCAGACCGUGGUUCUGCAGGACUUUGUCGCAGGUUCUGUGGGCGAGCUGAGCAUUCAGUCGGGUCAGACCGUCGAGCUUUUGGAAAGGUCCGGAGAGCGGCCCGGCUGGUGUCUGGUGCGGACCACCGAACACUCGCCCCCUCUGGAGGGUCUGGUUCCCAGCAGCACCCUCUCCGUCUCUCAUUCACGUAGCAGCGUUGACAUGGAUUGUUUUUUCCCACCUGGGAAAGAAAGCUAUACUGUGGGAGGAACAGAGGUGAAAUCUGAAUCGGCUGCGUCCCUACAGCCGCAGUCGUCUGUGACCUCUCUGCCGACCGGUUCCCCUGGACCCAAGCGCUCCGGGACUACUGGAAACACUUUAAAGAAAUGGCUCACCAGCCCCGUACGUCGCCUUAGCCACGGAAAGGGUGACAACGCUAACGCGAAAAAACCUAACAGUAAGCAGCGCAAACGCGACGGCCGCAAGAGCGUGGAAUUGGGACCGCAGCACCAGGACAGCACAGAGGAGAGAGGAAGAAGAGGAGUGAACAGUGGUGGAGAAGAGGAGGCCGAAGACGAACCCCAUACCCCCCUCCCACCUCCAAUGGAGAUCAUCAAGGACCCGUCGGCUCAGGAGGAGAAGACUCCAGACUCUGGAUCUUUCCCAGUUCUGGGUAGCGUCACCCCCUCUGAUCAGACGCCCAGAGAUCCAGAGACGGAGCAGAAGAAUAAGGCCAUGAGGGGGCGAAUGUUUGUGUUAAACGAAAUGGUCCAGACAGAGAGAGAUUAUGUGAAGGACCUGGGUGUCGUAGUGGAGGGCUUCAUGAGAAGGAUCGGGGAAAAGGGUGUUCCAGAGGACAUGACAGGGAAGGAUAAAAUUGUCUUUGGGAACAUUCAUCAGCUCUACGACUGGCAUAAAGAUUUUUUUCUUGGUGAACUGGAGAAAUGUCUUCAGGACCACGACAAAUUGGCCGAGCUGUUUAUCAAGCAUGAGAGAAGGUUACACAUGUAUGUGAUUUACUGUCAGAACAAGCCUCGCUCCGAGUUUGUUGUAGCUGAGUAUGAUGCAUAUUUUGAGGAGAUACAACAGGAGGUAAACUCCAGGCUCUCCAUUAGUGAUUACCUGAUCAAACCCAUCCAGAGGAUCACCAAAUACCAACUUCUGCUCAAGGACUUUUUGAAGUACAGUUCUAAAGCAGGUCUGGACUGUAAGGAAAUUGAGAAAGCCGUUGAUCUGAUGUUCCUGGUGCCCAAGCAGUGUAAUGACAUGAUGAAUCUGGGACGUUUGCAGGGCUACGAGGGAAAACUGACAGCUCAGGGAAAGUUGCUGCAGCAGGACACGUUCUUCGUGACGGAGCAAGACUCUGGGGUUCUGUCGCGCAGUAAAGAGCGCAGAGUCUUCCUCUUUGAACAGAUCGUCAUCUUCAGCGAGCUGCUGCGCAAGGGCUCUUCAACACCAGGGUACCAGUUUAAAAAGAGCAUCAAGGUGAGCUACCUGAGCAUGGAGGAACACGUGGACGGUGACCCCUGCAAAUUCGUCCUUUUAAGCCGCGGCUCGUCCGAACGGGUAACGCUACAGGCGGCUAACGUCGAUAUCAAGAAAGAGUGGGUCCAGAGCAUCCAAAAACUACUGGACAUGCAGAUCAACUUUCUCACAGCCCUUCAGAACCCGCUGGAAUAUCAGAAGAAAGAGACAGGAGUUUCUCUGACUAGGCAGCUGUCCAAUAGCAGCAAAUCUUCAUCUUCUCAUCCCUCCACACCCCUCAAACCCAACACAGCCCCCAAUGGAAGCCCUGCCCACAAACCCAACAAGCAUGUAGAAGAGGAGCUGGACGAGGGCGAGUGUAACGGUCUUUCAUCCGUGCUGGUGACGCAGGACUACAAUGCCGUAAAGGAGGAUGAGAUCUGCGUGGCUGUUGGUGAAAAGGUGCAGAUCCUGGCGUCCAAUCAGCAGAACAUGUGCCUGGUUUACCGACCCGCAAACAGCCAAUCACCCGCCGCGGAAGGCUGGGUACCGGGUCACGUGCUAUCCUCGACCCGGUAAAGCCACGCCUCCUCAAAACCACCACCACAGCCAAAACUCACUCCAUCCAGCUACACCACAGUAAACCAGCCUACUCUGGGAAGGCAUCAAGGACGUGCCACUCAAACUUCUGCUAAGCUGCUGUUGAUCACUCAGAACAGGAAGUCCCGCCCAUUUCUACCUGUUGACGUACAGAACUAAAGAUGCACGCUGGGAAAUAAACAGUGCAACCUCCCAUAGUCAAUAUAUGGGCAAAAUAUGAAAAAUACAUAAGAGGAAGUUGAAGAAAAUCUAUUAUAUUGCUAAUAAUUUAAAAAAAGAUUGUGUUGUAUAGAGAGGAAACCGAGGUGAAUUUGUUAGUGAUUUACGUGUGGAUGUGUAUGGAUGUUUUCGUCACCUUUUCUCAUAAACUCUCGCUCCAUUACUCGCAAAAGACUGUUUAUGACUGGGGCUUUCCCUCUUUCUAUGUCUUACGGUCUAUGCCAAGUCAUUUGCACACUGUGUAUAUUUUAUUUUACUGAGAUUUUAUUUUUUCAAAGUGUCUUAUUUUUACAGCUAUUAGGUGUGGCACAUUUAUUAUUUCUUUUAGUUCUGUCGAUCGAUCGGUUCAGUGUUUUGUACAAAGUAUUCUGCACUUUUCAGACAAAUAGUAUGGCAGUGACGGCAAGUUGUGCAAUACGGCAAUAGUCACGACGCUCAUAACUGUACCUGUAACUAAAGAUUUAAAUGUAUUAUUCUGUAUCAUUUUAAAGCUGUACAUAAUAUUUUUGACAUUGCCAUAAUAGAUACACAGCGGAGGAAGACGGUCCCCUCUUUUCUCUCCAGGCUCGAUAUCGAAGGAAAUAACCAAACGAAAUGAGACUCUGGUAGUGCGCACUGCCUCUUUAUCCCAACUCUCUGAUUUUUACAUUUGACAUCAUCAGAUUUAGUACGUAAUAAGUUAUCAUCUGAAUCAUAUCAGGACAGAUGUUUACUCGGAUUAGAUUAAAAAUGGAUGUUGUUGAUUUCCAAAGCGUAGUCUCUGCUGUCAGCGAUCUCAGAAAUGUGUGUAAAUAAACGUAAAAAAAUAAUAAUUCUAGCAGGUAUUUCACUUGUUUAUCUCUGGAAUGUUGUUCAUAAUAAAGCUGACAGUUUUUCAUCUUGGA